AUGAAGGGCUCUACUCUCGCGCUACCGUGUAGUAACUCGAAAGCAGCUCAUAACGACAACCGAGAAGCUCCGUCGGGACACGACACUGGCCUGCAGUCUUGGGAUGGUUCUCAGGGGAAAACGGAGCAUGGAAUAUCAGUCGUGCUAGCGUUAGCGUAUGCAUAUCGGCUCUCAUCUCCUUGGCUUGACUUUUCAGUCGCAAAUAGAGAAUGCUUAGGACCUGUUGUUCUUACUGGACAUGCCCCGAAUAUCGCUUACUGUCGAGAGAAGAGAGCAGGCGUUGUCGGGGCCUCUUUUAACCACCCAUCUUCCACCCAUUCACCAAAUACUCAAGUUAUCCCCGCUAUCAAUGGCAUAUAUACCCCUCGAUAG